GCCAAGGAGCUGCCUAUGACUUCGGAGGGGCUGUUCAAAUAAAAAUCAUCUUAGGCAUUAGUACCUUUACCAUAUGACAUGCAGGGAAAGAAGACGUCCCAAGAGACAGUAACUAUGUCCUCUGAACUGCAAGCUUAUCCGAAGGGGACCCCAACAGCCCCUAAAUCACCCGUGGGACUUCUUAGGAAGAGGGGUCAACAAGCAGUCCCCAAGAUGCAACCUGCUAUGAUGAUGUUCUCCAGCAAAUACUGGGCUCGCCGAGGACUAUCUUUGGAUUCAGCAAUGUUUGACCAGCAACACCUUGGAGCCUCCAUGCUCCGCGGGACAUCCUUUAAUCGGAUAGAAGAAAAACCUGACAAAGAGGAACAUAAAUCCACUCAUGACCUUGGGAAACUAUCAGUGAUUUUUUCUCUGAAGAAUGAAGUGGGCUGUCUGGUGAAAGCCUUGAGGCUCUUUCAGGAAAAGCAUGUGAAUUUGGCCCACAUUGAGUCUCGUCGAUCCAAGAGAGUUUCCAAUGAGGUGGAGAUAUAUGCAGAGUGCAGUUGCACAAAGAAGGAGUUUAAUGAGAUGGUGCAGUACCUGAAAGAUCAUGUCAACGUUAUCUCAUAUGACACGCCUCAACAUGUGUGGUCAGAAGAGACUGACUGUUUGGACUGUGUGUGUGUUUUGGGUGGGUUGCCAAGUGGAGAAGGAAUACCUUGGUUUCCCCAGAAGAUCUCUGAGCUGGACCAAUGCUCUCACAGAGUGCUAAUGUAUGGUUCUGAACUGGAUGCUGACCAUCCGGGAUUUAAAGACAAGGUGUAUCGGCAGAGAAGGAAGUACUUUGUGGAGGUUGCAAUGAACUACAAAUUUGGGCAGCCAAUCCCACGGAUAGAGUACACACCAGAGGAGGUAAAGACUUGGGGAGUGGUUUUCAGAGAGCUGACCAAACUUUAUCCAACCCAUGCCUGCUGCGAGUAUUUGAAAAACCUCCCUCUUCUCACAAAGCAUUGCGGGUACAGAGAGGACAACAUCCCACAGCUGGAAGAUGUAUCUCUAUUCUUACGAGAGAGGUCCGGAUUUACCGUACGACCUGUAGCGGGGUAUCUUUCACCACGAGACUUCCUAGCUGGUCUGGCGUAUCGAGUGUUUAAUUGCACUCAGUAUAUACGUCAUAGCACAGACCCACUCUACACACCAGAACCCGACACCUGCCAUGAACUACUGGGUCAUGUACCGCUCCUGGCAGAUCCCAAGUUUGCUCAGUUUUCACAGGAGAUUGGCCUUGCCUCUCUUGGUGCUUCAGAUGAGGACGUGCAAAAGCUGGCAACAUGCUAUUUCUUCACAAUUGAGUUUGGCCUGUGCAAACAGGAUGGUCAGUUGAGAGCCUAUGGAGCAGGUCUACUGUCUUCUAUUGGAGAGUUAAGGCAUGCACUAUCUGACAAAGCAACUGUCAAGAUGUUUGAUCCCAGAACCACAUGCUACCAGGAGUGCCUCAUUACAACAUUUCAAGAUGUUUAUUUUGUCUCUGAGAGUUUUGAAGAGGCAAAAGAGAAAAUGAGGGAAUUUGCUAAAACAAUAAAGAGGCCUUUUUCUGUCUACUACAACCCGUACACUCAGAGCAUUGAUUUACUGAAGGACACCAGGAGCAUUGAGAAUGUGGUGCAAGAUCUACGCAGUGACCUAACCACUGUCUGUGACGCCCUGGGAAAAAUGAACACGUACCUUGGGAUCUAGAGCCAAAGUUAACAAUGAAUACAUGGCUUAACUGCAGAUGAAUUAUGAAUGCAAAUGCAACUUUGUGUUUUACAUUAGAAAUAUAAUUGAAUUCAAAUUACAUAAACUAAAUACUGUAACAGUUUCAAGCUGUAUCAUAUCAAUAUCAAGUUCAUUAGACUUGCCUUGUUAUCAGGAUGUACACUAAUUAAAGGUGUUAACAUGGCACAGUACUGAAAUACUGCAAACAUAUUCAUCAUAUUACAUACAUAAUCAACAUUAUAUUGUAAUAAAACACAAUGUGACUAACUCACAUUUUUCACCAGGAUACCAAGGAAAACAGGAUUUAACUUUGUUCAAGUCAUCGCUAGUUAUCAAAUAUUGCCUCUUUGUGCCUCUGAUAAUUGUAAUGUGCUCAUUAAAGAAUUAUAACGGAUUAUUAACAUGUUUAGGUGUUUUAUUUUAACUACAUAUUGCAGUGUGCAGCACGUGAUGCUAGCUUAUAUAUAUACUCAACAACACAAAUCAAUGUAUAUAUCACUAAGUACUGCUCUGAUUUCAAUGCCAUACUGUUUACGUAAGAGUUGGUUUGUGGUAUUUGCAUUAUUUGUU